CACAUGCUUUCAUUUUUCUGCUUACCGAUGUAUAACUGACAGCAGCAGGCCAUAACCGCUAUAGCCCAUUGUAAGCUGCAAUUCAUCAUAUCCAGUUCCUAACACUGGACUGAACCAUCCUAAAACCCACCCUGCUUCCCCAUCCAUCCACCUCCCUCCUCUGGAGUGCUACUCUAGCAUGCUGCCUCUCAGGAUGUUGGGCCUUCUCAUGUUCAUGCUGACACAAUGUGGUGCAGAUGAUGGCUGCUUCCCAGACCCCGACCUUCUCAUCCUGGAGCCUCCUGUGAUUGUAGGAGAAUAUGGAGCCAGUAUCUCUCUCCGCUGCAUCGGACCAGUAGAUGAUUUUAAAGAAAUGUCCUUGUGGAUUGGAAACGAAAGCAUUGUAAAUAAUGAUGUCAGAAAUAAUGUCAGCCACACAUGGACUCUGACAGACUGGGAUGUCAACGCUGAGUGCAUAAUGAAGCUAAAUGAUACUCAUGAAUGCACAAAAAAGGCUGAAAUCAUUGUGUACCAAAAUCCACAAGUGUUUCUCUCUACAAACCCUGUAAAUUAUUUCGUGGAGGAAACGCUUUACGAGGUGCAGUGUGAUGUCACCAACGUCGCUCCUGUUCAAAACCUCACUGUCACAUGGUACAAAAACGGUGAAGUCAUUCGCACCGACUCUUUCUCAGAAGCAACCAAAGUGCCAGUGAACAUGUCCUUGAGUUUGAUGGUAAACAUUAGUCGAGGAGAGAAUGUGGCUCAGCUCAGAUGUGAAGCUCGGCUGAACCUCAGCCCACAAGCACCCCAGCAUCCUGUCACUUCUGAGAUAAGCAAUGUCUCAGCGCGCUAUAGACCAUUCUUUAAGGACUGUCUGGAUCAUCACAGUGUUAAAGAAGAUGAGUUCAGUUUGGACAAAUGGCCUUGUGAAACUGAUGGGAACCCUCCACCUACUGUUAAUUGGUACUAUCGGGGUGAACUGAUCAACCCAAACAAAUCACUCAGCAGGAACGACUCAGGAACCUACACAGCUGAGGUUAUUAAUAGCAUUGGCAUGAGCCAGACCUCUUUUUUGAUCACAGUCCAAUAUGCUCCUGAGUUUCGCACAAACAAACGUGAUGACAUUAUUGUGUCUGAGGGUGAAACCGUCACCCUGACCUGUGAUGUGGAAGGGUACCCUGCUCCUGACUUUGAAUGGAGCUUUGAUGGAGAGAACAUGUAUGAGAACACAAAAAAGCUUAAUGUAACACUAGGAAACUAUAGUAAAAACUACACUUGCAUGGCUACCAAUGUGUUGGGAAACGUAACCAGGACAUUUCCUGUUCAAGUGGCACAAGUGACCACAAAUCAAACCUAUGUGGCCACACCACCUGAGACCGAUAAGAAAAGAGAUUGUGGCCUUAAAUUGACGCCUUCUGAGAUUGUGGUGAAAUUUGGAGAUCCAGCUGCAAUUAACUGCAGCACAUCUGAGAAAGAUGUUCAAAUACUGGGCUGGGAAACUCCUGUCAAUCCCAUAGAUGUUGAAAACCGUACCUCCGUACUUUGGAAGACUGACAAAGUGGAAAAAGUGGAAAACUGGGAUUGGACAAUGUACUGUUUUGCUACUUUCAUGGAUAAACAGUGUAAUGUGACACCAACCAUCACUAUUUACAAGACUCCAGAUGUUGUGUCAGUUUCUGCAGUGGGUGCUGAUGCGAUGACUGAGGGCGGCGAGUACAGGCUGAAGUGUGACAUUAUUAAUGUGACUCCUUUGAAGAACCUCACUGUAAAGUGGUACCGGGACGAUGAAGUUGUGUUCACAGAACAGCCAAGAAACAUCACUGGAUUCCAAGAUGAUUGGUCGUCUACUUUGACAGUCACUCCUAAGAGAAGUGACCAUGGAUCAGUUUAUAAAUGUGAGGCUGAUUUGGACCUCAAACCUGUAGGACCAGAGAUCAACCUUUCUACUUUCUCAUCACCAUAUAUUGCUGUUGUGCAAUAUAGACCAUUCUUUAAGGACUGUCUGGAUCAUCACAGUGUUAAAGAAGAUGAGUUCAGUUUGGACAAAUGGCCUUGUGAAACUGAUGGGAACCCUCCACCUACUGUUGAUUGGUACUAUCGGGAUGAACUGAUCAAUCCAAACAAAUCACUCAGCAGGAACGACUCAGGAACCUACACAGCUGAGGUUAUUAAUAGCAUUGGCACGAGCCGGACCUCUUUUUUGAUCACAGUCCAAUAUGGUCCAAGUUUUUCCUGUGACAAGCAAUAUGAGGUUGUCGUGAACGGUGAGGGCGGAGUACCAUGUGAGCCAGAGGGAUUACCUCCACCCAGCAUCACUUGGUUCAAAAAUGGAAACAAAAUAGAUACCCCACAGCGCUGGGGACAGGAAGACAGUGGGAAUUACUCACUUAGAGCAGAAAACCCACACGGAACAGCGGAACAUGUGUUAUAUAUUGAUGCUCAAUAUGCCCCGGUAUUCAAGGAUGGGAAUAUCAGCAUGUAUGUGAUCCCUGGAGAAAAUGUGACUUUGGAGUGCAGCGCUCAGGGCAACCCCAGCCCUGACGUCGAAUGGAAAUCCCCCCUUGCAGGAAGUGUGCAGGGGCCCGCUAAGGGGCGCCAGCAGAUCAUCAUCACUGUCACAGCAGCCACGUCUACCAACGCCAGCCCUUACAUGUGUGUUGCCACGAAUAAAGUUGGGAGAGUGACAAGAUUUGUCUCACUGGUGGAGAAAGGCUUAAACCAUGAAUCCUACAAUAAGCUGUGGUUGCUACUUUUACUGGUCCCCCUCGUAGUCCUGAUUGUAGUCUGUUUACGCAAAAACAAGAAAAAACAAGGACGUUAUAGCUUCAUCACAAACACGGAUAUCCCCUUGACAGCAAAGUCUGCUUGAAUGCUUAGUUGAUUUAUUUAUGUACAUGUCGAGAACUGUUGUAAGGAUAACUGAUAUUAUUGUGUUCUGUUUUAUUUCACUGUCGUUUUAUUCUUUCAUGCUCUCAUUUUUUUCCCUUUCACUUAGAUUUUUGUAAAUUAUAUAAGCUAAUUCUCAUCUCAGAUGUGUUAAACCCCCUACACCAGUGUCUCCCAACCUGGGGUCCGGGCCCCCCUGGGGGGGCGCCAGAGAUCUCUGGGGGGGGCCCCGCAAAACUUUGUCUGCUUUGAGGAUAUGCAGUUGUAAAAUUUUUAUUUGCGAAUGAGUCAUUCAUAAGACAUUGUUAGGAAUAAUUUAUGAAUGUAUUUUUGUGUUUUUUAUACACUGGUGACAAACACAGGAAAUGAUUUCAUUCCUUAU